AUGUUUUCACUCUCUGCAACAUCUCUGCAUGCUUUUGGAUUUGCUCUUCUUUCAAGUAUGGUGGCUCUAACAAAUAGGACAAAACACUUGGCUCCUUCCCCAGCAACACAGAAAUACAUUCUUUUACACAUGACGCUACAUUUUUUUAAAAACUGUACACCUUUGGGUUUGGGUUUGGGUUUGGGUUUGGGUUUGGGUUUGGGUUUGGGUUUGGGUUUGGGUUUGGGUUUGGGUUUGGGUUUGGGUUUGGGUUUGGGUUUGGGUUUGGGUUUGGGUUUGGGUUUGGGUUUGGGUUUGGGUUUGGGUUUGGGUUUGGGUUUGGGUUUGGGUUUGGGUUUGGGUUUGGGUUUGGGUUUGGGUUUGGGUUUGGGUUUGGGUUUGGGUUUGGGUUUGGGUUUGGGUUUGGGUUUGGGUUUGGGUUUGGGUUUGGGUUUGGGUUUGGGUUUGGGUUUGGGUUUGGGUUUGGGUUUGGGUUUGGGUUUGGGUUUGGGUUUGGGUUUGGGUUUGGGUUUGGGUUUGGGUUUGGGUUUGGGUUUGGGUUUGGGUUUGGGUUUGGGUUUGGGUUUGGGUUUGGGUUUGGGUUUGGGUUUGGGUUUGGGUUUGGGUUUGGGUUUGGGUUUGGGUUUGGGUUUGGGUUUGGGUUUGGGUUUGGGUUUGGGUUUGGGUUUGGGUUUGGGUUUGGGUUUGGGUUUGGGUUUGGGUUUGGGUUUGGGUUUGGGUUUGGGUUUGGGUUUGGGUUUGGGUUUGGGUUUGGGUUUGGGUUUGGGUUUGGGUUUGGGUUUGGGUUUGGGUUUGGGUUUGGGUUUGGGUUUGGGUUUGGGUUUGGGUUUGGGUUUGGGUUUGGGUUUGGGUUUGGGUUUGGGUUUGGGUUUGGGUUUGGGUUUGGGUUUGGGUUUGGGUUUGGGUUUGGGUUUGGGUUUGGGUUUGGGUUUGGGUUUGGGUUUGGGUUUGGGUUUGGGUUUGGGUUUGGGUUUGGGUUUGGGUUUGGGUUUGGGUUUGGGUUUGGGUUUGGGUUUGGGUUUGGGUUUGGGUUUGGGUUUGGGUUUGGGUUUGGGUUUGGGUUUGGGUUUGGGUUUGGGUUUGGGUUUGGGUUUGGGUUUGGGUUUGGGUUUGGGUUUGGGUUUGGGUUUGGGUUUGGGUUUGGGUUUGGGUUUGGGUUUGGGUUUGGGUUUGGGUUUGGGUUUGGGUUUGGGUUUGGGUUUGGGUUUGGGUUUGGGUUUGGGUUUGGGUUUGGGUUUGGGUUUGGGUUUGGGUUUGGGUUUGGGUUUGGGUUUGGGUUUGGGUUUGGGUUUGGGUUUGGGUUUGGGUUUGGGUUUGGGUUUGGGUUUGGGUUUGGGUUUGGGUUUGGGUUUGGGUUUGGGUUUGGGUUUGGGUUUGGGUUUGGGUUUGGGUUUGGGUUUGGGUUUGGGUUUGGGUUUGGGUUUGGGUUUGGGUUUGGGUUUGGGUUUGGGUUUGGGUUUGGGUUUGGGUUUGGGUUUGGGUUUGGGUUUGGGUUUGGGUUUGGGUUUGGGUUUGGGUUUGGGUUUGGGUUUGGGUUUGGGUUUGGGUUUGGGUUUGGGUUUGGGUUUGGGUUUGGGUUUGGGUUUGGGUUUGGGUUUGGGUUUGGGUUUGGGUUUGGGUUUGGGUUUGGGUUUGGGUUUGGGUUUGGGUUUGGGUUUGGGUUUGGGUUUGGGUUUGGGUUUGGGUUUGGGUUUGGGUUUGGGUUUGGGUUUGGGUUUGGGUUUGGGUUUGGGUUUGGGUUUGGGUUUGGGUUUGGGUUUGGGUUUGGGUUUGGGUUUGGGUUUGGGUUUGGGUUUGGGUUUUGGGUUUGGGUUUGGGUUUGGGUUUGGGUUUGGGUUUGGGUUUGGGUUUGGGUUUUGGGUUUUGGGUUUGGGUUUGGGUUUGGGUUUGGGGUUGGGUUUUUGGGUUUGGGUUUGGGUUUGGGUUUGGGUUUGGGUUUGGGUUUGGGUUUGGGUUUGGGUUUGGGUUGGGUUUGGGUUUUGGGUUUCGGGUUUGGGUUUGGGUUUGGGUUUGGGUUUGGGUUUGGGUUUGGGUUUGGGUUUGGGUUUGGGUUUGGGUUUGGGUUUGGGUUUGGGUUUGGGUUUGGGUUUGGGUUUGGGUUUGGGUUUGGGUUUGGGUUUGGGUUUGGGGUUGGGUUUGGGUUUGGGUUUGGGUUUGGGUUGGGUUUGGGUUUGGGUUUGGGUUUGGGUUUGGGUUUGGGUUUGGGUUUGGGUUUGGGUUUGGGUUUGGGUUUGGGUUUGGGUUUUGGGUUUGG